UUUUGUAGUGUCAGCCACCGUGUCACAAUUGUGAUUGUGUGGUCUUAUGUAUCCCUAUGUGUUGAAUUAAAAAAAAAAAAAAAAAAAAAAAAAACACAUAAAUAAGUAAAGUAAAGUAAAGCAAAAAAAAAAAAUUUAUAAACUGUGUUUCCAUACGCCAUAGGUAGUAAUUCUUUUUUUGCCGUCCGUCAUCAUCGUUGUUUCUGUCUUGUAAAGUUUAAUCGCGGUUGUAUUACCGCGUGUUAUAAAUUUUAAUUUAAACCCACUGACUGGGGACAUAAUUGAAAGAAUAAAAAAAAAAAUAUAUAUAUAUUUAUAAAUAUUAACGAUAUUAAAUAAAAUAUGGACGUAAGUCUACUGGUCCGUCAUUUCCAAUAUGCGAUACCUGUAGGUAUCGUAUUAAUUUUAGCAGUACUAGUUUUUGCAUUUGGCUUUAAAAAUGCUGAGCAGCCACCAUUCGCUCAAUUAUCAGCAGUCUCGGACGUGGAUCGAAAACAAGCAAAUAAAAAAAAAAAUAAAAUAAAAGAAAAGCGGUCAUCAAAUGAAAAAGCCAAUGAAAAAGCAAGUCCUGUUAAAAAGUCAUCACCAGCUAAGACCGAAUCGUCUAAAAAAUCGGUUGCUAAAAAUGAUGAAGUUGAUGGUAAGUUGAAAGAACGUAAACAAGAAGACAAUACCCCAGUCGUUGCUAAAAAAGAUAAACAAAUCACCAAUAAAACUGGCAAAGAAAAUAAAGUCGAGCAAGUGAAAAAUAAGAAGAAUAUGAAAAAUUUGAUUCUUGAGAAACCAGUUGACUUUGAUGAAGGUGAUUGGGAGCAAGCUUAUUCCAAGAAAGACAAGAGGAAGAAGAAAGAAGAAGAAACUCCUAAAAAAUCAAAGAAAUCAAAGAAAAUUGAAUUAAAUGAUGAGGUUGGUAAAGACAAUGAGCCUGAGAAAGUUGAAAUCAAGGAUAAAGUUGCCAAGGAAACUGAAAAUAAAGAAUUAAAAGAGAAAGAUCAGAAGGAUGUUAUUUUGGAGCCUGUUGAUAAUAUUCUUGCAGCUGAAGAUGAACAAGUUGAGCCUAAGGAAGAAGUAAAAAAGGUUGAAAAAGUAAGUAAAAUUGAAAAGGAAAAAGAAGAGAAAAAAAGCGUCAAAGUAAAGAAAUCAAAGAAAUCUAAUGAUGCAGAAAAUAACUCGGUAUCAAAUGUCACUCCGAUUGAAACAAAACCUGAGAAAAUAAUCGAGAAGAAAAUUGAUGAUGCUCCAAAAAAGACUGAACCGGUAGAAAAGUCUACAAUUGAACAAGUCACUGAAAAAAGUGGACCUGCUUUUGAUGAACUAGGAGACACAUGGACUGAAGCAAAACCACAAAAGAAGAGUAAAAAGAAGGCACGCAAAGAUAAUUGAAAUGAUAAUUAUUUAAUAAAAAGUAUUUCUCAUCAAUGAGCGAUACAUGAUAAUCCGUUUGUUCAGCGGGAUUUACGUCGCUUCCGCUCCACGAGGCGUGUAAUAAUUAAAUAAUAUCGUCAUUAAAUGCGUGAGUUUCCUUUCUCAGUAUACGUGAUAACAAUGAGGUUGAAAAUUCAACCAUAUAUAAUUUUUAAUAUACUUUUUACUAUUCCUUAUGACCUAACAUCAAUAAACUUUCAUUAUGUUAAUGAUUAUUGAUGCUAUAUUUAAAAAAUAAAUAUAUAUCUAUAUGUAUAUAUUUAUUUAAAUUUUUAAUUAGAAAAUAACGGCCAAAAUAAUUUUUUUUAUUCACUAUUAUUUGCCAUUCAAAUUUAUUCCCGGUACAUGAAAACUUACAGCAUAAGAUCAUUGAUUUUUUUAAAAAUAAAAUAACAUUACUUGUAAUUUAAAUUUACAACUAAAUAAUGGGGGUGUGCAAAUAGUUUGAAUUGUAAAUUAUUCGUAUCGAAUCGAAUCGAACGAUUCAAUUUAAACUUCUAAUUAUUCGUAAGCUUUUGAAUUAUUCGUAAAUUUUUGAAUUAUUUGAAACUUUCUGAAUUAUUCCGAAAUUUUCUUUUGCACGACUUGAAAUUGCAAUAGUUUUUUCAAUAAUUCAAAUGUUUUUCUUAAGUAGCAUAUAACUCAGACACGAAUCUACACAAUAAUUACUUAUGAUUACUAAAAAAAACUAAGCUCACUAUUAAAUAAAAAUCGAAUAUUUGAAAGCUGAUCAAAAUUUUCGUGAUUCGAAUCGAAUUAUUUAAAAAGUUGCAAAUAAUUUUAAAACUCGGAUAAUUUUAAAAUUGACGAAUAACUUGAAAAGUUAUGAAUAAUUCGAAAAGAUCCGAAUUAUUAUAAAAUUAAUGAAUAUUUUGGAAAAUUAAAAAUAAUUCGUAAAUUUUCGAAUAAUUUUUAAGGAUUCGAAUAAUUCUAAGAUUCGAAUAAUUUGACAUUUCAAAUUAUUCGAAAAAUUACAAUUAAUUAGAAAAAUUUCCGAGCAAUUUAAAACUCUUCGAAUAAUUCGGAAAUUCGAAUAUUCGAUUCGAAUCCAAUUUGCACACCUGUACUAAUUAUUUAUGAUUUUAUUAGACAAAUAAUCGUGUACGCACACGAUAUUAUUACGUGACGCUCAAAAAUUAAUAUGUGAUUGUGAAAUAUAUUUCGGUUAGCUUAAUAAUUUAUUAUUUAUCAUGAUUUUGAUAAUUGUUAUUGCGCCAUUUUUCCGUUAAAUCAUUUAUUGUCAUGAUAAAAUAAUUAUUAUAUUAAAAAAGAUAAAAAUAAUUUUUUUCUUAGUAUCGUUUUAUCCUUUCUGUCAAUUAGUUCUAAAUAUAACCUGUCAUCACAAUUAUUUUUCGUGUGGAUUAAUAUAUACUUUUAUCUAAUUAAGUGUUAUCUUUAUCGUUAGUACAUUUCAUAUUUAUCAUUAUUGAUUUAUAUUAAUGUAUUUGUUAUCGUGAUACGUGCAUAUAAAAAUAUAUUUUUUUUGAAAUACCGCAAAAUUAAUCAUUGAUAUAAAAAAACUUCUUCGGUCGAUUUAUUAUUAAUUAUUUGGCCUGAAUUGCCUCAGAUUAAUUAUUUAUUUAUGUUUUUUUGCUAGUUGCUUGAAUAAUAUUUUAAUGAGUGCUAAUCUAGCUGACAAUUGGCAAUUUUUUUAAUUUUUAAAUAAAUAAAUAAAACGUAAGUUGAAUAAAAAUUUAAAAAUGCGUAUUUAGAUCAAUGAAAAAUCACUACGCGCAUUUUUUUCAAUUAUUUUACUUAUUUAUUUAAAAUUUAUAAGUCGUCUCGUUUGCUACAUUCACACUCAUAUAUUUUAUGAUAAUAAAAAUGAAAAGUUGUUGAUAAAUACUUACAAUAUUAAAGAAAAAGACAUUAAAUAAUAGAAUAUGAAGAUAAUGCAACAAUGUGAUAACUUUUUUUUUUCUUCAUUAUUAUUUAGAAAAUUUUCAUGCUUAAAAAAUUAUAUAUGAAUAAUUGAAUUUAUUACAAUAACGAAUUAUUUAAUUAUGUAUGUCUAUUGCUUGAUUAUCUGUGUAAAAAAAAAAAUGAUACUGAAGUUAGUCGACAGCUAAUAAUUUAUGGAUUUUUUUUAACGAUGAAUUAUGAAAAAAGAAAAUAUUUGUGAAAAUUGCACUUGUAGUUUUUUAAAUUUUCUACAUGUGCAUAUUUAAAAUUUUUAUUUUUUUUGUAAUUGAUCUUUUGAAAAAAUCAUCCAAAGAUUGUUAAUUGUUUGUUAACCAGGAUCAUAGAAAAUAAUUCGUUUUGAAAAGAUUCAAAAAUAUUUUUACCUGUAGAUCUUCAAAAUUCGAGACAGAUAAGAAUUUCAAGUUGAAUUUGUUUCAAACUUUCCGGAUUGUCAUAGCAGAAAAUAUCUUGGACUUUACUUAAACUUUACCUAAAAAAAAAAAUUGGGCGGCAGAGUUGAACGUGUUGGAAAUCUACUUUUCAAAAUAUUUUAAAAAUUUUUCCUGCGCUUAGAAGUAAUUGAAAAAUUCAAAAUUUAAAAUCUCCAUAUUGGAAAAAAAAUGUAAAAAUACGUUCACAAAAAUUACGUUUUACAAAUUCUUUUAUGUCACUUGAAAUCCACCCACAUAAAGUUCGCAAUCUACGAUAUUUUUUUUACUAUUAAGGGGGUUUGUCAUCUAUUCUCUUUCUCACACACAUGUGAACAAACGACCGGUCCUUGUUACACUUACAUUAGCAAAUGGAAAUUUCAAAUAUGCCGUUCUCAGGUAUAAACUGAAAUUUCCGAACCGGAAGCAUUU